UACAGGAUUAGACUGACAAAGACACGAACAGGGCCCUCUGUAGAACAGACGACACACACACAAGAUGGCGACCCUUCCCGUACUCACUCUCCUCUCUGUACUUACUGUGUGUUUCGGUGAUUGUGGCUUGGGUUGGGCUGAGUUUAACGGAGAAUGUUUGUACUUCAGUCAUGAUAGACACACCUGGGCAGAUGCUGCUGCAAAAUGUCACAAUAUGAACAGAAGUUAUCUGGUAACAGUGGAUAAUCAACAAAAGUCAGACUAUAUCAACAUGUUCCUGAGUACUCUCCAUCAUUUCCAUCAGUCGACUUACUGGUUUGGUGCGACAGAUUACAUCAAAGAGGGAGAGUGGCGAUGGAGUGAGACCGGAACAGGAAUAGGAUCCUUUAACCAAUGGGGACCCGGAUAUCCGGACGGAAACAGAACACACGACUGUCUGCUCCAGGUAUUCAAUGGAGAUAAUUCUAUGUGGAUCGAUUCCAAUUGUGCCCGGCCCCAUUACUACAUAUGUGAACACCCAGCCCCAUCAUCUGUGAUUGGCUGAUUGUAUGACCCAUAAUGAGAAUUUUAUAUGCUCUAGAUAAGCUAAAUAAAACCACACACAG